AUGUCAUCGAGCGAAAGUCGGUUCUGGUCGGAGCCAUGGAUCAGGAGCUUCUAUCGGCACAUUUCCUGGUCCGCCCACAGUCCCACGGUAUUGCUCAUGGUAGCAAAUUGUUUCUAAGCUUCUAAUUUUAUCCGCCCACAAUCCCACGGUUUUGCUCACGUUAGAAAGUGCUCCCCAUUUUCUCAUUUCCUAGUCAUUGUCUUCCUGUUGUUGGUUAUUAACACAACACACGGGGGGGGACUAGCCAAGCAGGAAAUCGAGGGCGCCUCAAUAAGACUCCGCCCACUCUUCUGUCGACCGCCGCCUUUUUUUCUUCGUUUUUUUUUGCCUUCCGUGCUCCAUUGCUCCUCGAGUGACUCUUUGGGAAAAUUGAGCCGAGCAUUGCAUUUCCCAGGCUUUGAGCCUCUGCCGCCACUUAUAUUGUUUUUUUGGGAGCUUGUUCUCGGAAAUUGAGCAAAUGCGAACAAAUUAGCUCCUGUUCCUCAUUUUACAGAGAUUUUUUUUCUGGCGUCGUAUCAUAUUCUGUAUCAGAAGCUAUAUGCAAAAGAUGUUCCGUAGCAGCUCUGGGUUGCUCAGAAUAGACUCGUAUUGCUCAUGUUAAAGUUCUAUUUUUUGAAAAAAAUCUUUAAAGCUCAAAGUAAAGGUUACCUUUACUUUGAGCUUUAAGAAUAAUGAGUACUUUUAACUCAUAUCAACUCAUGACUGCUCUUUAUUGCUCAUAUUAGCGGCAAUUACUUUUCUGAUAAAAAAGUCACGUCUUCCCCUGUAUCUUGAACGUUUGAUGAAUUACCCUGAGCUUCUAAAUUUAACCAAUAUUCGCUCAUUAUUGCUCAUGUUACGCUUUUUUCUUUUUCAAAAAUUUCCAAAAUUCUGAAUUUUAUUUUUCUGGCCAUGUUACCUCCACGCAUGAAAAUUCCUAGAAAACCUAUUUCAGUGGUAAAAAAUCACCUGAACCUUUGUUCACCAAUUUAUUUUUUUGCAAAAAUAUCAAUCUCAUGACAAUAACAUCAGGAAACGAAUUUCCGUCGUCCUCGCCCACAAUUUCCCUUGAAAAAAAAAUAUCGCACUUUCCAGGAAGCCGGAAUGUCGGCGUUGAAAGAAUUCCUAUAUGAGAUUUGUAUUCCGGGGAUCGGGUUGCUGUGCGUUUUGGCGGCGUUGCUCAACAUUGCCGUUUUCAUCUCAAGAUAUCAUGUCAAAUCAAGGUAUUGAUCAUGUUAGAGCAUUUUGGAUUGACUGGUUAUUAGUUUAAAAAAAAAAUUAAAGACCGAACAUCUUUCUGAUUUAUAGUCUGUGUGGCACGACUUGAAAUUUCACUGAACGACAUUCCGUUGUUCCGCUGCGUGCGGUCGCGAAGCUUUUUUGCUUUUGCAAGCCUCGGUAGAGUUUUUUUUUUUUGGUGAAUAUUGCUGGUAGAUAGACUGUUUUACUGCGAACACAUGGAAAUCAAGUACUGAAAUAAACGAACAAAAACUAGAAGCGUAACCGAGAAUCGUAAAAGCGGAAACGCUUCGCGACCGCACGCAGAGGAACAGCGGAACGUCGUUCAGUGAAAUUUCAAGUCGUGGCACACAGACUAUACCUACCCAUUAAGGAAACCUGAAAAAGUGGGUUUGGGAAUCUAAAGAACCGGAGUUUUUGGGUGUGAAGCUCGAGAACUUCGGGAACCCUAGAAACCUCAAAAUUUAAGUUUUUAGCCGCUCCGAAAUUCAAACCUGAGAUUUUAACUGUCAAGAAAAAUUUCUAAACACCGUCAAGCCUUUAAAAUCAGAGCCUGAUAGUCCAAACUUGUAGUUUUCAACUUAACCGUCCAAUUUUCGGUACUCCAGUGGAUCUAGGGCCUCCGGGUCGUCAGAAAUUAUGAUCUACAAGCCCAAAUCUCAGUUUGAAGUUGGUAGUCUAUUCCGAAAAUAUCCAGAAGAUCCUAAGUUUCUCAAAAACCAUCGUCUCCUAUCUUACCAAAACACUAUACUUCAUUUUUCCAGUUUUGAGAUCAACUUACUAGGGAACGUUCAUAAAAGCGCAUUUUUGGCCUAAUUUGCUUAUUUUGCACACUUUGGAGCUCCAUAACUUGAAAAAAAGAUCUAUUGCGAGAAAUAUUUUUACUUUUUUUAUACAAUCAGAACGUUUUAAAGUGCACUUCAGCAGAAUUUCAUUAAAAAAAUUCUACGGGGGGGCAGAAACGUUUCCUAGUAAGUUGAUUUCAGGACAAAUCAGGUAAUUUGGAGAGAUAGGAGACGUUGGAUUUUAAGAAUCUUUGAAUCUCCUGGAUUUUCGGAAUUGACUACAAGCUUUAAACUGAAAUUUGGGCUUCUAGAUCAUAAUUUAUGAGGACCCUGAGGGUUCAACAUGGGGGGUAGCACUGGUUCCCUAGUUAGCCUUCUUUAAAGCUUCCAAACCCUAUAAACUAUCAAACAAGCUUCAAAAUGACCCUUUUCCAGAUCCUCCUCCCUGGAAAUGACCUACUCAUUAGCGUUAUCCGACACCUGGACGAGCUUCGUCAUCGCCCUUUCUUUAUUCUGGAACAGUUACAAGCCGGUCGUCCUGCAGAUCCGGCACAAUACGUAUUGUUUCCCGUUGACUCUCGAGGUAUUUUGUUGUUUUCCGAUAAAUUUAGAGCUCCUGAGAAACGUAGAAAAAGCUUUCGUUGAGAGCUUGUUUUUUGGUUGAUUUGAUCUCAGUGGAGCAAAAAGCUUUUUAUUCAUAUGAGUUUUCUGAGAUUUGAACCUUUUGGACGCAAUUCCCGUAUUUCUAAUAACCUGAUUGAACUUUCAUCUCAAAAAAAUCUCCUGAAAAAAUAUUUUUUUAAAGAUUAUCAGACCAAAUUUUGAAAUUUUUGAGCAAAAAACAUUUUUUUUUAACCAAAAUUCAAGUCAUUUUUUGUGCAAAACCUUAUUUUCCUACCCUAUCCCUUCUCAGAACCUCACAAAAAGAACAAUAGUCGAAAAACCUUGUCAUUAGGAAGAAAAAGACUCCAACGUCACCAAGCUUAAGCUGCAGCUUCACUUCCGUCCUAUUGUUUCAGAAAUGGAUAUAAAAUGGAACCCGGUAUUUAGUUAUACGAAAAAGGAAGUUCUUGAAUGUCGCUGAAGAUAAUAACAGCGCGAAAUUCGGAAAAUAAAUUAGAGAGAACUUUUUGCAAAAAAAAAACGUCAACAGGAUCCGAACCUGUGACCUUUUUAGUGGGUUUCAAGACUAUAAGCCAUUUUUGCAAAUCGUAUUUUUUCUAUCAGAACUCUCGGAAAUCAAGUAAACAUCUCACUAUGACAAACAUACUAUAAAAAAAAUUUUUUUGCAAAAAAAAAGUCAAUAGGAUCCGAACCUGUGACCUUUUGAGUCGAAAUCAAAGCUCUUAGCCACUUCUCCAAAUUAUAUUCCUCCUAUCAGAACUCUUGAAAAUAAGUGAACGUCUCACUCUCGAAAAUUUUCUAUAUAAAACAUUUUUUGCAAAAGAAAAAUCGUCAACAGGAUCCGAACCUGUGACCUUUGAGUGGAUAUCAAAACUCUUAGCCACUUUUUCAAACUUUAUAUUUUCUAUCAGUCUUUCUAAAGUCAGUGAAACGUCUAACUCUGGCAAAAAAAUUGUUAUAAAAAUCUUUUUGCAAAAAAACGCCAAGAGGACCCGAACCUGUGACCUUUUUAGUGGAAAUCAAGACUCUUAGCCACUUUCCCAAAUCGUAUUUUUUCUAUUCUCUAUCGGAACUCUCGAAAAUCAAGUAAACAUCUCACUAUGACAAACAUACUAUAAAAAAAGCUUUUUUUGCAAAAACGCCAAGAGAAUCCGAACCUGUGACCUUUUCAGCGAGAGUCGAGGCUCUUAGCCACUUUUCCAAAUCGUAUUUUUUCUAUUCUCUAUCGGAACUCUCGAAAUCCAAGUAAACAUCUCAAUAUGAUAAACAUACUAUAAAAAGCUUUUGCAAAAAAAAAAACCGCGAAGAGGAUUUGAACCCGUGACCUUUUUAGUGGAAGUCAAAGCCCUUAGCCGCCUACCAAGUAACAUUCUCAAAAUAAAAAAGCCAGAAUAUUGAGAAAUUUUUUCGCAUCUUUUAAAAAAUUCUGGAAAGGGGCAAAGUCUUUGUAUGAAUUUAUGAAAAGAACGACCUUCUCGAGAACUUUUUUAAAAAGCAUUCCUGUUCAGUUAUUCUAUCCAUAUUUUUUUCAGCAUGAAAUAUUCAUAAAUGAUGUCUUUUUUGAGUUUUUUUUAGGCUAAAUUUAUGGAUUAUCCAGAUUUUUCGACCUCGUUGAUCAAACUAUAUAACAUGGAGAACGAUGAUCAGUUGGUCUAGUGGCUAAGAAUCUUCUCUACCAUCCAAAAGGCCGCUGGUUCGACUCCUCUGAGCGUUUUUUAUAUUCUCCUCAAAGAAAAUUUGUUGGUCAUGGCUAAGGAUCUUCUCUAUCAUCUAAAAGGUCACUGGUUCGACUCCUCUGAGCGUUUUUUAUAUUCUCCUCAAAGAAAAUUUGUUGGUCAAGUGGCUAAGGAUCUCCUUCAUCAUCCAAAAGGUCACUGGUUCGACUCCUCUAAGCGUUUUUUUAUAUUCUUGUCAAAGAAAAUUUCCUAGUCAAGUGGCUAAGAUCUUUCUCAAUUAUUCAAAAGGUCACGCGUUCGAUUCCCCAAAGCCAAACAUUUUUGCUAAUUUACUUUUUUUUUGCUUCUUCAUGCAUCAGCUGAUGCAAUACUGGUCAAGUGGCUAAGCUUUUUUGUUUGCAUAAAAAAGAUCCCGAGUUCAAUCCCCAAAGUUAUUUUUUUGUUUCAUUAUCUUAAAAGGACUUCCUAAAGCAUCAGCUGAUGCAAUGGCCAAGUGGUUAAGGUCCUACGCUCUAGUUGAAAAGGUAUCGGGUUCAAGUACUCUCAAAUAAUGACAAAUUUUCGUUGCAUUUUGUGGAAACCUAAAUGUUACAAGUGUUCAUAAGGUAUUGAACGUUGAAAAAAGGUAAAAUUAUUGAAAGUUUAAAAUUAUUCUAACUCCAUUCGUUCAAGUCGAAAAUGUAGCUACACCUCGAAAAAUUGAGCUACUGGGAAAAAAACUCUAGCGAGCCCUUAAGAGGUCCCUCAAAAACGACUAGGAGAGGCACUAAAGUGGUCACUAAAACCACCUUUACAGAAGCCACUAAGUUACGUCUUAUAGGCCUCGUUUUUCCUCCUAGCGAUCUAGUAGACUUGAAAUUCUUCCCAUUAAAGGGACCACUAGACUACUUAACUGGCCUUGAUCAUGAUCUUCACAAUUUUUAAGUGGCCCCUCAACUUCAGCCACUGAUUGAACUACUCAACUGGCCACUUGAACGUCAAACCCCUUAAGAAACCCCUUAACUCCAGCCUCUAAUUGGACUACUCAACUGGACCCUUACACGUCAAACGUCAAGAACCUAAAGAGGUCCCUUAACUUCAGCCACCAAUUGGACUACUUCAGUGGCAACUUGAAAGUUAAUACCCUUAGGAGGCCCCUAACUUAAGCAACUAACUGGACUACUUAACUGGCCACUUGAACGCAAGACCUUAAAGAGGUCCCUUAACUUCAGCCUCCAAUUGGACUACUCAAGUGGCCACUUGAACGUCAAAACCCUUAAGAGGCCCCUUAACUUCAGCCUCUAAUUGGACUACUUAAGUGGCCACUUGAACGUCGGAACCCUUAAGAGGCCACUUUUCAAUUUUUUUAGAAGUCUAAUUUCCGUGCGCUUCGAGGCAUGCAUAGGGAAAAAAAAUGAAAUACGUCCAUCAAAACGGAAAAAAAAAGGGUAAAUUAGUCUAGACAAUGUCUAUUUGGGAACCAUUACAAAUGAGGUUUCAAUAGUUUUAGGGCUUUGAAAGACGUCAGAAAUUAAAAUCAACUUAAGAUAUUUUCAAUAAGAAUCGAAUAUCCACUACAUAGAUCCUAACCGUCUGCACUUUAAAAGCCAAAAAAGUUUCAGGCAUUCCGGACCGGCGGACUCCUGACCGGAAUCUUCCACCUGGUCGCUUUAGCCUUCGCUCAUUACCUUCAAAUCCGACGACCCUUCGAUCAUCAGAAGAUCCUACCGCUACGGAUCGUUCACCUGGUCAUUUUCCUGAUUUGGGCCGUUCCGCCGCUCGGCCUGAUGGCCUAUUUUGGCAGUUGGGAGGGACAAGGCUACAGGUGGGCUUUUGAAAUGGAAAAAAGGUUUUUUGAACAGGUAAAAUGAUGUGGGACUAACACCACGUUUGAUAUAGGUUAAAAAAAAAAAAUUAAAAAACGGCUAUUUUUGAGACAUUUGUGCCCCAUUGCUAACUAAACCUGCUUCUCAUUUCAAAAUAGUUUCAAUAGAUUAUUUCAAUUCCCAACGAUUUAAAAAUGAGCUCAUUGUCAAUGGAGCACAAUUGACUAACAAAAAUGGCCAUUUUUUCCGAUUUUUUUUUGUAGAACCUGCUCUACGGCUAUUUUCUAAAAACGACAUGAGAUUAAUUAAGCCCCGGGUUGUUUUUUUGGUCCGCAUUUGGAAUGGCUUAGAGGGUCGGAGUUUGAAUCUGGUGUGCUGCCUACCCGCGCGCGGAAGUAGUUUUAAGUCGGGCGCAGCGCCUAAAAAUCAGCCCGGGGCUCAAUUUAACUCAUGCAGUUCAUAGAAAAUAACCGUAGCGCAAAUUUCACAAAAAAAAAAUCGGGUCAGCAAAAAUUGGCCAUUUUUGUUUGACAAAUGUGCUCCAUUGAGAAUGAGCUGAUUUCUACCAACUUUCAAAGCAACUAUAUAACUUUUUUGAUUUUUUUCAUGAUUAUAAUAAUUUUUAGAAACGAAUCCUGCAUGGGCAUCGCCUUCUACGAGAACUUCUACUUCCGGUCCCAAAUUUCUGUUAUAAUCAUAAUCCUAAUCAUCACUACCACCAUUUUCUACGUCAGGAUGCUCCAAAAAGUCAGCGAGGUUCGUAAAAAAAAGCCUUGAGGCUUCGAAAAUUGAAUAAGUUUCAGGUUAGGACAAAAACAGCCCAGGCUACUUCGGCACGUGGCCGUCGGACCGUUGUGACGGCGGUCUUGAUUUUCGGGACAUUUUUGUUUGGCUGGAUGCCAGCCAGUAUCCUGUUCAUCCUGACUGCCGAAGGGAUGCCUCUCUAUCAGUGCGUAUAAAUCACUUUUUGGUUAAUCCAUGGUCGCAUUUGGAAUGACUCAGAGUGUCGCGCGUUUAUAUCAGAUGUACUGCCUACUUGAGGCAACGGCGGAAGUAGUUUUGAGUCGGGCUCUUAGUUUGUGUAGCUCAUAUAUAGACCUUACUUAAGGGGUCAGCGCGGAAGUAGUUUUGAGUCGGGCGCAUGGUAUUAGUAGUUCAUAUCUACAACCUACUUGAGGGAUCAGCGCGGAAGUAAUUUUAAGUCGGUUGCAUGGUAUAAGUAUGACAUAUCUAGAGCCUUCUUAAGGCAUCACCGCGGAAGUAGUUUUGAGUCGGCUGCAUGGUAUAAGAAGGUCAUAUCUACAGCCUUCUUAAGGCAUCAACGCGGAAGUAGUUUCAAGUCGGGCGCUUGGUUUGUGUAGCUCAUAUCUACAUCUUACUUGAGGCACUCGUGCGGAAGUAGUUUUGAGUCGGGCGCUUGGAACUAGUAGAUCAUAUUUACAUCCUACUCGGGGCACUCGUGCGGAAGUAGGUUUGAGUCGGUUGCAUGGUAUAAGUAGGUCAGAUCUAGAUCCUACUAUGAGGGCCAGCGCGAAAGUAGUUUCAAGUCGGGCGCUUUUUGAAAAUCGCUACACUUUGAGUCAUUCCACGUGCGGCUUCGGCCCUAAAGAAGAAUCUCUACUAAAACGCUUCUUUUUUUUCAGCAAACAAUCCGUUUGGAUCAACGUUCUAUCAAUCGUCGUCUUGGUCAAUAUUAUGGUCAAAACGCUCACGAAUCCGAUUAUCUACGCGACAAGGUUAGCAUUAGACUUAUGAGGAAAAAAUAUAGAAAAAAAAAUUGAAAAUCCCCCCGCCCCCCCAAAAAAAAAAAAAGUUUAUCAUUUCCUAUAAACGUCACAAAAAAGCUUCUAUAAAGCAGAAACAUAUCUUCGCAUUUUCCAAACCUCAAACUCUCAUAAAUCCCGCAAAAACCUCCACACCAGGAUCCGAACCUCUGACCCUCCUCACUUCAUUCAAACAUCUUACCAAUCGACUAAAACCUAUUUUCAAAAAAUUGCAGAAUACCCGAGAUCCGACAGUUCGUCCUACACAAGCUCCUAUGGAAAAUCGUCCCACUCCGAGAGGUUCAAAGGCGGAAAAGUGAAUUUGCGCCCCUUCGCGAGAGGACACAGCUGACGUCAACUCAAGUAGUCUAG